AAACCCCACCCAACCCACUUGGCGGAUGUGGGGUGGGAUGUACAAAGUAUACACAGAUGAAGAAGUGCACUUGUACUACUAUACCAAGUGUCAGCAGUUGGUUAUUAGUGGCCCAAACGCGUAGAGGAGGCCCAAUGCAUGUCCCAAAACUGCAGAGACGAUGCUGCAACACACACCAAACCCUCCCGGGACCGCCGCCGCCGGAGAAUGGUGCAUUUGAAAAGCAAUAAGAGGAGCGGACAAACAUAAAUAGUAGUAUCCAAAACACAAACAUGAUGGUAGCCUUGCCCUUUGAUGAUUGAUGGUGGAUUUGAAGAGUGAGCGCUGCCAGUUUCGGCUCCCAAAGAAGAAUAGACUCUGUGCCAAUGCUCCUCUCCCUAAUUCCUCAUACUCCAUUCAUCAGUAAUACUAGCAAGUAACACGACCAUUAUCUCUGGUGGCUCUGAUUCAGUUUCUGCGGCAACCACACGCAAAGGUCCAAUCACCAAUGGAUUCAAUGCCCCCUUGACCCUUCUCACUCCGUACUCCAGCAUAAUCUUGAAAAUCACCUUACCAGAUGCCCUUCCCUCAAACAAGCUCAGUCUCUCUCCCUCCAACCCUAUUACCAAAAGGGCAUCAAUGCCGGCGGAGGCAUCGAUGAAGAUCAUACUGCUACUGCUUCACAUAUGAAGAGACGAGCUGUCUACAACAAGACUGUCCCUGAAUUCUGUGACUUGAUCCGCAAAAUCAAGAGCAUUCAUGCAUCCCUCUCCGAUAAUACCCGCAUUCAAGAUUCUUUCAAGAUUCCUCAAGCUUGUGCUGUUUGGUCUACUCGUAGACAAAUCGAUCGGAAGUUACCCUUCCAAGAGAAACAUGUUUUGCAGCAGGCCUCCAUCCUUGGUAACCUGGAAGAAUUUGGACUGUUGCCCAAGUCUGGUGUAGAGGAUGCUGUAAUUGAUGCGAGGACUCUAGACCGCAGCGAUGUUGAUGUUCCUGCUGUCGUGGAAUUUGGAGCUGGGAGGGGUUACCUGACCCAAUUGCUUGCUGACUGCUACGGGAUUAAAAAAGUGCUUUUGGUUGAGCGCAAGUCCUACAAGCUUAAGGCUGAUCGAAGUUUGAGACAAAUAGAGAACCUGUUGUUGGAGCGCUUGAGGAUCGAUAUUGAAGAUUUGAACUUGAAUGCUGUCGAGUCUUUGCAAGGGGUUCCUUAUUUGGCAAUUGGUAAACAUCUUUGUGGGCCGGCAACAGAUAUGACGUUGAAGUGUUGCAUAUUGGAACAAAGUGCUCAAAAUCAUGCUGAUCAGUUGAAAGCCAGUUGUUUCCUCAGAGGUCUCGCUAUAGCUACGUGCUGUCAUCAUCUUUGUCAGUGGAAACACUACAUAAAUAAGAACUACAUAUUGAAUCUCGGUUUGACCAAGGAAGAUUUCCAUGCAAUGACAUGGCUUACUAGCUGGGCAGUUGAUGCAGACCAUGGAUCAGACAUUUUUGUCGUUGACAGCUCGCCGAAUCUAUGUCUCAAUGAGAAGGAAGAGAUUGGAGCAGAAUUAAGUCAGUCUGGAGUGGGAGACGUUGUUAGGAAUAUGAGCGCUGUGGAGAGGGCAGUGGUGGGAUUCAUGUGUAAGGAUAUCAUUGAUGCUGGAAGAUUGAUGUGGCUCAAGGAGCGUGGAUUACACUCUCAAGUUGUAAAGUAUGUUCCACCCGGUAUCUCUCCUGAAAACCAUUUACUGAUUGCUAGGCAGAGCAAUGGAUUAUAUGAUGAUUCUGUUGCUGUUAAAUAAAUUCUUUGCCUCCAAAACCCAGAGACAACAGACUGUGAAUCAGGGAACUUCAUCAGAUCAACGUAUCAGAUGAUUUUUAAAAAGCAUCAGACAAUUCUUCAAACCGACUAUUUCCUCCU